AAGCCUGGGCUCCGAAUUUAGAAAUUUUUGAAUACUAUGUUGAGGAAUUCGGCUAGAAUUUUCUACUGGAACAUAUGUACUGUAAUUAUGGGCAAAAAUCUUGUCCAUUUCAUUCAUUACAUGAAUGAAUGAAUAUUUAUUGUACUGAGAAGUUACUGAGCAGGCCAUCACAUGAAUUUUUUGAUUGGAGGAAAAAGUAGACACAGCCUGGUUACAAAGUGUAUUUGGGCAGUGGGUAUGGAAAAAAACCAUAGCAGGUACUUUCCGAAGAUACCAAAAUCUACUCACUUUUCCCUUUCUUGGAAUCGUUUUAAAAUAUAUCUGGAUUUUUGUUGUUGUUUUAAUUAAAAAACCUCAGCUUUAGGAAAUAUGAAUGUAUAAUUCGUGUGUGUGUGUGCGCGUGUGUGCGUAUGCGCAUAGUUUUAAAUUCAGCAAGUAGUGUCUGAUACAAAACAGCGCACAAUAAAUGUUAGUUCUUUUAGGUCCAUCCACACGAAGCAAAAAGUUUGUGGGGGACGAUGACCACGACGGAGAGGGCCAGGGUGGUCGGGGACCUCCAGACAACUGGCCAUCGGGUAGACCGGGCUGCUGGGAAAAGAGCUUCCCGCGGACCCGGACGCACGACUAUAAAGGGAGGCGUGCCCUACAGGCGAUUGGUGGACUGGGCGCUGAGUACCGGGCGCUCCGGUAGGUGCCGCAGCCUCGCGAGAACGGCGCUCACGAACGGCCAACGGCAGUAGGGCUCAGGUCUCCGCUGGAAGACAGGAGUCACGAAAUGUUCCGCCUAAUGAUGUUGUUAGCGGGCCUCCGUGGCUUGCUAAUGUCAAGACCCGGUUUUCAAAAUUCAUUUCUACAAAUUAUAUUUCCAGAGAAAAUCCAAGCAAAUACAAGUGAUAAUUCAAAAGUAGAAAAUGAACAGGUAUCCUAUAUUAUUCCAAUAGAUGAGAAACCGUAUACCGUGCACCUUAGGCAAAGAUUUUUUUUAGCAGAGAAUUUCAUGGUUUAUUUGUAUAAUCAAGGAUCUGUGAAUUCUCAUUCUUCAAAUAUUCAGACUCAGUGCUACUACCAAGGAUAUAUUGAAGGAUAUCUGAAUUCUGUUGUCACACUUAGCACGUGCUCUGGACUGAGAGGAAUAUUGCAGUUUGAAAAUCUUUCUUAUGGAAUUGAGCCUCUGGAAUCUGCAGUUGAAUUUCAGCAUCUUCUUUAUAAAUUAGGAAAUGAAAACAAUGAAUUUGCAGUUCUUACUGAAAAUAACCAAGACACAGAACAAAACCCAAUGGACUAUAAUAUUUUUAUAAGUGAAAAACCAGAAUCAGCUGUUCCAGAUUUAAUUCCUCUUUAUCUAGAAAUGCAUAUCGUGGUGGACAAAGUUUUGUAUGAUUACCUGGGCUCUGAUAGCAUGAUGGUAACAAAUAAAGUCAUCGAAAUUAUUGGCCUUGUAAAUUCGAUGUUUGCGCCAUUUAAAAUUACUAUUGUGCUGUCAUCUUUGGAAUUGUGGUCAGAUAAAAAUAAGAUCUCUACUGUUGGUGAGGCAGAUGAAUUAUUGCAUACGUUUUUAGAAUGGAAAAAGUCUUAUCUUACCCUAAGACCUCAUGAUAUUGCAUAUCUAUUCAUCUAUAGAGAUUAUCAAGAUUAUGUGGGAGCAGCAUUUCCUGGAAAGAUGUGUGUUACCAGUUAUUCUGCAGGAAUUGCUUUGUAUCCCAAGGGGAUAACUUUGGAGGCAUUUUCAAUUAUUGUCACCCAGAUGCUGGGACUCAGUCUGGGCAUAUCAUAUGAUGACCCAAGGAAAUGUCGAUGUUCAGGAGCCAUCUGCAUAAUGAGUCCAAAAGCCAUGCAAUCCAGUGGUGUGAAGACUUUUAGCAAUUGCAGUUUGAGUGACUUUGAAAAUUUCAUUUCAAAUAUGGGUGCCCAGUGUCUUCAGAAUAAGCCACAAAUGCAGAGGGCUCCGGCAGCAAUCUGUGGAAACGGCAGAGUGGAGGGAAAUGAAAUCUGUGACUGUGGUACUGAGGAACAAUGUGGACCUGAUAGCUGUUGUAAUCCUCAAACUUGUGUGCUGAAACCAAAUACACAGUGUGAUAGAGGAUCAUGCUGCAACAACUGUCAACUUAUGCAAGCAGGUGCUGUAUGUAGGCCCGUUGCACAUCCUGAAUGUGAUGUUUCUGAGGUUUGUAAUGGAAGCUCAGGAAGCUGUCCGGCUGAUAUAACUAUACACAAUGGACACAAAUGUAAAGGAGGAAAAGCUUUUUGUUUUGAUGGAGGCUGCCAAGAUCUUGAUGCACGUUGUGAGAGCAUAUAUGGAAAAGGUUCAAAAAAUGCUCCAUUUGCCUGCUAUGAAGAAAUACAGUCUCAAACUGAUAGGUUUGGGAACUGUGGUAGAGAAAGAAGCAGAUAUAAAUUUUGUGCAUGGAGGAAUCUUAUAUGUGGCAGAUUAAUUUGCACCUACCCCUUUCAAACUCCUUUCCUUCGAGACGGUGCUUCUGUGAUUUAUGCUUUUGUACGAAAUACUGUAUGUAUAACUAUGCACUACACAACGACAGGUGGAGAAGAUCCAAUGGUGGUCAAAAAUGGCUCUAUUUGUGAUACUGGGAGGAUUUGUGUAAAUCGUGAAUGUGUAGAAUCAAGGAUCCUUGCAGACAGAUCAUAUAAGUGUUCACUAAAGUGCAAUGGACAUGGAGUGUGCACUUCUGAGAUGACGUGCAACUGUUCUAGUGGCUACAGCCCUCCAGAUUGCCAAGCGCGCUCCAGAAUACCUUCCAGAUUGCCUGGGGGACAGGGUUUAAUCAAGGAAAGAGGUUUUGAGAAGGCUGGGAAGAAGCAGUGGCUUUUGGGUAUCUACAUUGCUUUACCUGUUCUCGUCGUAGCAACCAUAGUAGCUGUUUCAUGGAAGCCUUUGAAAAAGUGGUUCAGCAAGAAAGAGGAACCCCAAAGUAGCGAAUCAGAAGGCAGCACUCACAGAAAUGCUAGCAGGUCCACAUCAGAAAGUAGUAGCCAAACAGAUACUGUCAGAUCAAGUUCAGAAAGUAGUUCAAGUUCAAAUACCAGCACUAACUAAUAAUUCCUUCAGAAGGCAAUGGAUAUUACUGGGGAUCUCACUGAGAAAUGAAAAUGCAGCCUUUUCUCCCCUGGUCACAACUGAAGG